AUGAAUCAGAUAGCUCCUCUUUCAAUUGAUGAGACCGCCCUUCAUGAGGCCUCUUCAUGGAUCGCCCAAGAAGCUUCUCAAGUAGCAACUGAGCAACCGACCUUAGAGGCCGCACUAAGCAAACCUGAUACAUCAGCUCAAGAAACUGCACAUGAAGCUUUUAAAAAUCCCAUGAUUGAAAGAAUACAAGAAAUCAAUCAGGAAACAACAAAUGCGAUCAACGAAAAAGUUACUAUGGAAGUAGCUGAGAAAGAUACCCAGAGCAUUUCAGAAAUACCCGCUGCCGGAUCUCCUCAAAAGUUUUUUCAUUUAGCUGCUGAACAAAUAACUUCAAAAGUCGCAAAAAGUGAGGUGCAGAUCUUAUCUCAGGAAAUUAUACAAGAAGCCUCUGAAACAUUAAUCGAAGAUGUUUUUCAAGAGCCCUCCGAGCUAGUUACGGAAAAAUUAAUUCCAAAAAUUGCCCAAGAAACCUUUGAGGAAGCCAUCGAAGUGAUAUCGCCAGAAGCUCCUCUGGAAAAUCUCCAAAUAAAUGUGGAAAAUUCAGUGCAUGAAGACAAACAGGAAGUUUCACAAGUACUAGCAAAAGAAAAAUUAAAAGAAAACUCUCGAGAUGCCUUUCCAGCGACUAUCGAAGAAACCGCUCAAGAAAUUACCCAAGAACGCACGGAAGAUAUUAUAUUAGAAGUUUCACAGGAACCAUCCCAAAUUACUACCGAAAAAAUUAGUCCAGAUACCGCGGAAAGUGAACCUCAGGAUUUAUCUCAUGAAAAUAUACAGGAAGAUUCUCAAGUAAUUACCGAAAAUUCAACAGAUGAAGACACUCAGAAAGUUCCACAGCUGAACACUGGAGAUAUUGAUCGGAAAGUCUCACAGGAACCAUCACAACUACUCGCAAAAGACAAAUUGAAAGAGACUAUCCAGGACAGAUUUAGCGUAGACAUCGAAGGAACAACUUCAAUAAUUGCAUCCAGUCACAUACAGGGUAUUCCUCAGGAAACUGUUCAAGAAAAUACCCAAAUAGCAGCUGAGGAAAUUAAAACCGAAAUUUCUCAUGCAGAUAUUCCAAUUGUAAGCGACAGUAAACCUAGCGAAGCACGACGGCAAAGUCGCGUAGUUGAAGAGAAAAAGCGAGGGCAGCGACUCUUUGGUGGGCUACUUAGCACCCUAAGUCAAAGUUCGCCAAAUGGACAGCAAAGACGAAGGCUUGAAAUUGAAAAACGUCAAUUGGAACGGGCUAAGAUUCGGAAGGUGCAGGAUAAUGUUAACAAGGUAGAACGCAUUGCCAAACUAAAUGCAGCUCGUAUCAAAGAGCAAUCUAAAUUCAAAAAAGAAUCAUUUCAAAUACAAAAAUCCAACAUGCUCGCCAUGGCAAACUUUUUGUGCACCAAGACUGAGCCAAAAUUGUAUUAUAAGCCAUGGGAAUUACUUCCUGAACAAGAAGAGGAAAUCAAAUCUCAGAUUGCGUCUACUUCGGCUAAAUUUAAAGGAUCUGAAUCUAGUAAGGAUGGCAAUGAUCAAGUAAGACUGAAUGAUGGCGAAAAAUUGAACGAAAGUUCCAUGGAGUUAGUGGGUGAACCCCAUACCGAGCCUCCAAACAUCGCUGUUGUUGCUGACGCUCAUAAUGCUGCUACCUCCGUAAUUCCACCCACUACUAAUGAUAUUGUUGAUUAUCCCAACAAAGAUUCAAAAGCUGAGGAAAGGGAACGAGAGGAGCACAACUGUGAGGUGAUGGUAGAGAAUGAAGAAGAUACAGUAAUCUACUAA